UGCUAAAUUAUAUAACAAUGCCUUUGAGAAAAUCAAGAUCGAGUGCUGUUGAGAAAGCCUUGUCUCCUGAAGAACAGCAAGCAAAGAAGGAAGGGAAGCUCUCGUCAACUGAGUCUGCAGUGAGGAAGGCAGAGGAUGUGGUGAGCAGCAUGCUGGCCAAGGGUUUUGUCCUGAGCAAGGAUGCCCUCAAGAGAGCCAGGUCCUUUGACGAACGGUACCAUUUUAUGUCCGGCGCCUCAGCUAUGGCUUUAGUCCCCUGGAGGAUCUCACUGGAAUUAUUGGGCAAUCAUCAUCCUCUUCUACCUCUACAAGUCAAGCUCCAGAGCUGUACUCGCGUGAAGACUUUCUAGGUAUUUUUGAGCACUAAAAGAAAAAAUGGCAAGAGGAGGUUCUUCAAAAGAUGAGAGAAGAGAUUGGCUUUGGACCAUGGCAUGCAGAACGGGGGAUAAUGGUGAUUCUGGU